AUGCUCUCUGCGCCCUCUGCUCUCUGCUCUCUGCUCUCUGUGGUCCUAACUCUCGACGCUCUCUGCUCGCCGCUCUCCCUUCCCAUCGAACUUCCGACGGCCAAUGACUCUCGACGCUCUCUGCUCGUCGCUCUCCCUUCCCAUCGAACGUUCGGCGGCCAAAGACUCUCGACGCUCUCUGCUCGCCGCUCUCCCUUCCCAUCGAACGUCCGGCGGCCAAAGACUCUUCCCCUAGCCCUCCCCUGCCCUAAAUCUGCCCUGCGGAAUAGAUGGAUACCUGUGUACGUCAAGGAUAAGUUUUGGGCAGGUUUACAUAGUGUGGCUUUCUCUCGCCUGGUAGUUUGGUUUACAAAGUAUUUUGAGUUUAUAAAGGACCAGUUUGCUCUUCCAUCUGUUAUGUUGCCUGCUUUAGGUGGUUUAGGAGCAGGCAUGAUAGCUCUCAAGUACCCUGGAAUUCUAUACUGGGGUUUCACAAAUGUUGAAGAAAUUUUACAUACGGGAAAGAGUGCUUCAGCACCAGGAAUAUGGCUUUUAACUCAACUAGUUUGUGCAAAAGUAGUAGCUACUGCUAUUUGCAAGGGUUCUGGACUUGUAGGUGGCCUUUAUGCGCCAAGCUUGAUGAUAGGUGCUGCCCUUGGUGCAGUUUUUGGAGGCUCAGCUGCAGAACUUAUAAAUUCAGCAAUUCCAGGAAAUGGUGCUGUUGCUCAGCCCCAGGCUUAUGCAUUAGUUGGAAUGGCUGCUACACUGGCUUCAGUUUGUUCGGUUCCACUAACCUCAGUACUGUUGCUCUUUGAGCUAACAAAGGACUACAGAAUAUUGCUUCCACUCAUGGUAACUAAUGGAUUUGUUUUGACCAAGAUACUAGCAAUGGGAUAC